CUUCUUCUAUAUCUUCUUCGGUUACUGGUACACUGGUGACUUGUUCACCGACAAUGAACACAGUUGUUCAACCAAUCCCAUUGCCUAUUAAAGUAGACUCAGUAUUUCGUGCUGAAAAGUCAACUGCCCGUCGAUCACAAGAUAGUAAUAAUAGUUCACUAUCGAACAACACUACCACCACGAAUAAUAAUAAUAAUUCACUUACAAAUAAUGCUGUCAAUAAAACUCGUGUAACAAAAGAUGAUUCACGUCGAUAUCUAAGUGAAUUAGACAGUGUAAUAAAGGAGUUAUGCGAAGCGAAUGAAGCAGCUGUUCAGGCAACACGUGAAGCUGCACAACGCAGACAACGUCUUGGUUGGCCAUCAACGAAUAAUAAUAAUCAUAAUUCACAAAUAAAACUGACAACUCCGACGCCAACAAAUGAAACGAAAAUUAUGCCUAUCCCGAACAGUACUAACGCCUAGUGUUUGAGUGUGUUUUAUGUGUGUGUAUGCCUGUGUGUUGUGUAAGAGUUCGUCUGUAUGUGUGCGUGUGUACUUGCCUCGUUAACGAAACCAUAUUUAACCCCGCCCCUACUCUCUCUCUCUCUCCUCAAACUUCAUUUAUUCACCUGAAGAAAACUAAUUAUUAGAGUGUAAACAAUCCGUACAAAUUGGGACAAUUACGUAUUUAUAUUUAUAUAUAUAAACACACAUAUAUAUGUACUGUGAACUAAUUUAGCUUGUUAUGCAUGAACUUUUAUUCUCCUUAACGAAUAAAUUAUGUAUUUUGUCAAGUUUUUUCUAGGUGUUGGAUACAUAUUUUCCUUAUAUACAUAUACGGAAAUGAAUUUCUCUUUUAUUUUGUUGUUCUUGUUGUUGUUCAAACUGCUUAUUUCUCUACACACAGAUAGGGGAAAGAGCCCCAACCCCUACCGCCCUUGACAACUUGUCACUCACUUCCCCAUCUAAUCGAUUAUGCUGUCUCUCUUUUUUCGUUAUUCUGAAAAAUUCUUUUGGGACAACACUGUUAUGUUUCAUUUGGAUUGUCAUAUUAUGCUUUAUUGAAAUCGUGUUCUUCGUCUCCCACUCACUGUAACUCUUUAAAACAAAUAAUAAUAAUAUUAACAGUAAUAAUUGUGUCAUUAGUAAUAUAUAAGUCUUAUACAACUGUAAACCAUUCACUUCCUUCUCUUUGCUUAAUAUUUUAUAUUUAAUUAAUAUUUCUAUAUACUAUUAUCUUCCUGUCAUUGAAUUCUCCUGCUUAUUUUCACUAUCAUGUAAUAUCACUCACUAUGUUAUGUUUAAUACUAGUAUAAUUAUUGAUGAGUAAUGUAUAUGAUGAUGAUAAUGAUGACGAAAAGAACAGGAAGAAUGAUGAUAAAGUUCGAUUUACAAAAACUAAUCUUCAUUUUAACUACCUACUUGAUUUCAUCGAGUGAGUGUGUGUGUGUGUAAGGCGGGAGGUGGGAGACUGCCAGGAGUUUUCUAUUCUGCUGUCGUUGCUGCUUAAGUAUCGUUUGAUAUUUCUGCAUCUGUUAACUGUUUCCCUGUCUCUCACAUACUUCAUGAUAGCGCGCAGAAUUCGAUAGAUGAUUUGUUUUCGAUAAGUUU